AUGAGAAUCAAGAUGCCAGCUGUACGCAUCGCGCAAGCGGAUGCGGACAGCGCGGCAGAAGGUGGCGGGUCCCCCGUUCCAGGGGUGCCUGCAGACACCCUGACCUGUGGAGCCUGUCGCAGAGCCUUCGCCCUUGCAGACAUCGUACGCUUCAUUCAGCAUAAAGUAUCCUCCUGUGAUAAGGAUCUCACGUCCUACCACUGUUACAGUGCUGGACCAAAUUCCGACCCCGAAGAUGGAUCAAGACCAGGCCAGGUUUCAAGUGGGAGUACCAGCGCGCGGAGGCCGUCCCUUCUCACAGCAAGAAGGCCUCCAAGCAGCAGAGUGCACACUCCUCCCCUUGCCAGUCCUUCUAUGGCACCUCCCGACCUUUUAGAAGACGGAGGAGCAUCAAGCACACCUAAGAGGCUAUUGGAUGGUGACGUCGAAGUUUCAACGCCUAAAAGGCGAGCGUCAACAUCACCGAUGCCAUCAAGUUCCCCGGACGAAGACAUUAAGCCGAAGAUCAAACAAGAACAUAUGGACACCACAGGAUCACCUGAGGACCAAAAGAAAUCUAGAACUGAAGUUGCUGACGCAGAAUCGAAUACUAUGCAUAGUGAACCUAGCAACUAUGUGUGUUCGACGUGCAAAGCCCGCGUGCACUCCGCAUGGAGACUGCUGCAGCACGUGCAACACGUGCACGGUGUCAAGAUCUACGUAGAGGCAAUGCCCCAGCAGCAACCUAGCCGGCAAAACCACUCCACAUCGAGUACUUCCUCGUCAAGCUCAGGCUGUUCAUCCACUGGCGCACCACUCCCACCACCUUCAAUGCGCCAUCACCCUUUACUACCACCUCCAGAUAUGCACUCCCCGUUUGGGGUUGGUAGUUUACUCAGAAUGCCAUUACCAGGCAGCUUACCACCACUGGCUCAUCCAUCAGUUCCUCCUACGCCUUUGUUCGCAAGGCCAAAUCACCACGAUCACCGAUUUAGAGUGGAACAGCUAGUAUCAGAACAGUUCCGUCACCAUGGUCUCAACUUAGCAGCGGCAGCUGCUGCCGUGGCAGCAAACUCACUGCCACCACACCAGACAUUUCCAUCGCCGGCGGACCGACCACCAGUAGUUCCUACUUCAUUAUCGGGGCGUGAUAGAGCCCCACCCGUAUCUCAACCCCUUUCACUUGAACCCCAGCUGGAUUUUUACUCGCAGCGCUUGCGGCAACUGGCCGGUACGACCAGUCCAGGGGCGGCCACAGGCAAUUCCAGCUCUCCUAGCCCCAGGAAGCAUUCGCCUCCGUUCGCUUCCCCGUCGCCCUCCAGAGUCGGACAGACUCCUCCGGUGGGCGCCGGACCCGGGACGGUGGACGCGCCUCGCGAAGCUACGAGGCCGCACAGUUCAACUUCACCCGAACGUCGAAUUGAACCUCUAGCGGCAGACGCACCGCCAACAGAGCGACCUACGUCAACGCCACCAGUGAAACGUAACACAGAUGAAGGAGUACAUUCUUGUGAAUUCUGUGGUAAGAAAUUUAGAUUUGAAAGCAACCUAAUAGUCCAUCGUCGCUCACACACAGGUGAGAAACCUUUUAAAUGUACAGAAUGUGAUGAAGCUUUUGAAAAGGCCUCCAAAUUAAAGCGACAUAUGAAGAUUCAUAGAGCACCUGAUGCCAAUACGGAAGAUGGUGAAUCUGGUGGUGAUACAGGAGAAGACGAUUCUGAUGAUGAAUUAGAAGACGAAGAGUUGGAUGGAGAGGAAGAGGAGGAAAAUGAGGAUGGAGAUGACGUGGAAGAAGCAGAAGAUUUAACUGUUUCAAACAGCAGUGUGCCAUCCGCUCCAACCAGAAAACAGACUCCUAUAAUGCCAAAUAAUGCACCUAGUGCGUCUGUUGUUGGAGAAUUGAUGGACAAAUUUGGUCUAUCCAAUAUUGCUCAAUACAGCGAAGCUUUUAAACAAGCUUUACAAGAAUCAGGAAAUUCUCUGAAGUGGCAACUAGCUAAAGAUAGAGACAAUAACAACGGACCUCCUAGUGAUAAACCAAAUGGUAUGCCACCAACCGCUGCGUUGCGUUUGAAAGAGGAAUUUGCAAAGAUGCCUCCUCAACCUCAUCCACUAUUCAACCCUUUUGAAAAUCCUUUUGAAGCGUCUAAACGCAUAAAAUUGGACAUGGAUAGAGGUGAGGGGUGGUGGCUACCAACGUUGCAUGCGCAGAGGCCACCAGAAAAUAUAUUUGAUGGCCUCAAAAACAGCGGUAACGGGUUAUUACAGAACCCUUUAUUGAAAUCGAAAGAGGGACGACGAAAUGAUACCUGCGAGUUUUGCGGGAAAGUUUUUAAGAACUGCUCAAACUUAACGGUUCACCGGCGAUCCCACACGGGGGAGAAGCCGUACAAAUGUGAACUGUGCUCAUACGCGUGCGCACAGAGCUCCAAGCUCACGAGGCACAUGAAGACGCACGGACGACUGGGCAAGGACGUUUACCGGUGCAGGUUUUGCGAGAUGCCCUUCUCCGUGCCGUCGACGCUUGAAAAGCAUAUGCGAAAGUGUGUUGUGAAUCAAAGUAAUGGUGCUCCCUUAGCUCUAUCCGAUGACUCUAACGCGUGCCGCGACGAGGCUUCGUGA